AUGAAGGAAGUGACCGAUCACAAGGAACCUUAUCAGAAAACCAUACAGAGAGACGGGAAUAGACCUUGGACCCUGCCCUGGGACUUCCACCAUGGCACCAAGUCAUCAGGGCCCUUGUCUGCUGGCCUUGAACUCUGGGCUAAGAUGCCUUUUGCUGUCCCUUCUGUCCGAGAGGACAUAGAAGCACUGGACCAUCAGCACGUGCCCAUCGACAUCCAGACCAGCAAGCUGCUCGACUGGCUGGUCGACAGACGACACUGCAAUCUGAAAUGGCAGAGUCUGGUGUUGACCAUCCGAGAGAAGAUCAAUGCUGCUAUCCAGGACAUGCCAGAGAGCGAGGAGAUCGCCCAGCUGCUCUCUGGAUCCUACAUUCACUACUUCCACUGCCUAAGGAUCGUGGACCUUCUCAAAGGCACCGAAGCCUCCACAAAAAAUAUUUUUGGCCGGUACUCUUCACAGCGAAUGAAGGAUUGGCAGGAGAUCGUAGCCCUGUAUGAGAAGGACAACAUCUAUCUAGCUCCAGAAGGUGUUGCUAAGGGCCCAGAUGCCCUGACACUUCUUGAAUACCCUGAGACCCGGAAUCAGUUCAUUGAUGAGCUCAUGGAGCUCGAGAUCUUCUUGACCCAGAGAGCCGUGGAGAUGAGUGAGGAGGCAGACAUCUUGUCCGUGAGCCAGUUCCAGCUGGCUCCCGCCAUCCUGCAGGGCCAGACCAAAGCAAAGAUGGUUACCAUGGUGUCGGCGCUGCAGGAUCUGAUCGGCCGGCUCACCAGUCUUCGAAUGCAACACCUGUUUAUGAUCCUGGCCUCACCAAGGUAUGUGGACCGAGUGACUGAGUUUCUCCAGCAGAAGCUGAAGCAGUCCCAGCUUCUGGCUUUGAAGAAGGAGCUGAUGGUGCAGAAGCAGCAGGAAGCGCUUCAGGAGCAGGCGGCCCUGGAGCCCAAGUUGGAUCUGCUGCUGGAGAAGACCAAGGAGCUGCAGAAGCUGAUUGAAGCUGACAUUUCCAAAAGGUACAGUGGGCGCCCCGUGAACCUGAUGGGAACCUAUCUGUGACAGCCCCCACAUUCUACCUUCCCGGCUUCCCAGCCUUCAGGAAGAGGGGUGCUACAGCCAGGGCUGAUGCGGCAGGGCCCUUCCUGGCCAGAGACCAAGUGAUUGGAGGAUGGAAGGCCGCAUGAAGGAGCUGUCACCUAGAUGGUGACCUUGACCCUCACUGUAUGUUCUGGCAAGAAGCUAUCUUGAUUGGCCCUGUGGCCUGUCAGCCUGCAACCCCAGUUUCUGGUCCUUCUCAUCAUCUAGUUGG